UGGCAGACAGCCGGUCAUAGGAUGUGGGGUUACGCAUGGGGCGUGAGAAAAUAAAGUGUGGGAAAGAGUGGGCGUCGCGUAGUAAAACAUUUGAUAUUGCAUGUAGUGAAGCGAACACUUACGAAUGCUCCAGUAGCAAGCAGUUAUCAUUUCGUUUUGUUGUUGUGUGUGUUAUAAAUACAUUGAGUUCAGUAGAAGCGAAAAGGUUGCGCUGUGUGAGGAAGAGGCCGGCGAUUGACCGUAGAUCUCGUGGGAAACGACCUUUGUUAUAUUAUAUACUGCAUUAUUUAUAUUAAAGUUUAGUCAAAACAAAAUCAUUUGAAAACAAUUAUACUUAUGCAAUGGGAGUUACUGGUUUGUGGCGCCUUAUUGAGCCGUCAGGGAAACCAGUGCCGGUUGAAACCCUAGAAAACAAAAUUUUAGCUGUUGAUAUUUCUAUAUGGUUGCAUCAGAUGGUCAAAGGAUACCAAGAUUCAAAAGGUGCACCAUUGCCUAAUGCACACCUUAUUGGAUUGUUUCAGAGAUUAUGUAAAUUAUUAUAUUUUAGAAUAAAACCUGUAUUUGUAUUUGAUGGGGGAGUUCCAGAUUUAAAAAGACAAACGAUUGCUAAAAGACAAGAUAACAAGUUAAAGUACAAUUCAGAAUCUGAGCGCAUCAAACGUGAGCUUGCUCUUUUAAUUGGCAAAAAAACUGCUGUGGGUGCACUCUUGGGUAAACAAAUAUCUCCCAAGAAAAUCAAUACAAAUGCAAAUGAUGAGGAUAUCUUUAAAUUACCUGCAUUGCCCCAAAAAGAGACAGAAAGUGACACAGAAUCAGAUGAUGAAGAUACCUCAAGUGCUUCCACUGUUGACUUGCACACAGUGGAUUUGGAAUCCCAAGACUUUAAAAACAUGCCAUCCAAAGAAAAAUAUGACCUUUUAUUGGAAUUAAAAGAGACAAGGAAAAUGAACUCAUGGGGAAAAUUACACACUUUACCAAAGAAAAGUGACAGCUUUUCUGAUUUUCAGAUGGAAAGAUUGUUGAAGAGAAGAAAGGUGCAAGAAUGUAUCGAAGAAACAGAAAAAGAAAUAGGAGACAUCGGAAUGUCAUUAAAUGAUUUGGAAACACUACUUAAUGAAGAAGGUAUUAAUACAAAUAUUGAAGAUUUUCCCUCUCGGCGUAUAGCUUCUGAUCAAUCAACUCGAUAUCUUCUAAUUAAUAAUGUAAAACAGGCUUUAGCUGAUGCUAAAAAAAAGAAGGAAAUGGAGUUCGAAAAGGAAAAUAAAUUAGAAACUGAAACAAUUGAGAUGAAAGCUAAUUCAAAUGAAGAAACUAAAAUUGAUGAACUUGAAGAUGACUUACAGAAAGCAAUAAAAAUGUCCCUAGAAUGUGUAGAUGAACCAGAACCUUCAGUUGGUGCAUCAACUUCAAAAGCAGAUGAGUCUUGGACUUCUUGUAUGACAGAUUCUAAUUCAGAUUACUCUGACGAGGAAGAGGAAUAUUUACCCCAAAAUAUUACAUCUGCUAAAGCUUACAUAAUGCAGUACAGUGAUUUUACACAUAAAGCCAUUGAUGAUAUUGUCCUGGUUAAAAAUAAACAAAAACCCAAAGCAAAAGCAAAAGAAAUCAAUGUGGAAGAAAUAAUAGCUCAGCUAAAUCAUGAAAAAACAAUUAUAGAGGAUAAAAUUGAAUUGAGUAGUGAAGAAGAAUUAAGUAAACCUCAAAUAUCAACCUCUUGUAUGGUUAUGAAUGAUUUAGAUGACAAUAAUGCAGACCCAAAUUUAGGCAACACAACUAUUAAGGUUUUGCAAAGAACAGAAAACAAUGUUGUCAAUAAUGAUUCAUCUAUAUUGUAUGUGGAAAAUAAAAAGGAGCAUGUAAUAAAUCUUGAUUCAUCAGAAGAAAGUUCAAAAGCGAUCAUAAGUCUAGAUGAUACUUCGAAUCUAUCAAACUCUAGUGAUGAUGACUUUGAAGAGGUAUCUGAAACAGAAAGCCAACCAAAACCAGUUGUGCAAUUGACAUUAAAUUUAGAAGAUAACAUUGAAGAUGAUAUCUUUUCUGAUGUUUUUGAAAGUAAACAAAUCUUAUAUAAAAAUGAUAACCAAAUUUUGUCACCUAUAAAAAUAAAAACGCAACAAAUUAAAAAGACACCUUUAAAAGAUGUUAGCGUACUUCCAAUAAAUGAAAUAAUUGCUCCAAAGACAGAUAAUGAAAUGGCACAAGAUAUAGUAAAUGUCAAAACCGGUACACUAAUAAACAAUAAAAAUAAUGAAUGUAGGAAGGAUGAUCAAUGUACGGCUGAGAGUGAUGUAAACAUUAAAUAUGUGAAAGAUAUAGACGAUAUAGCAACAGAGUCUUCUGAGAAUUCCCUAUUAAAAUAUCCAGAAGCCUCUAAAAAUCCCAUUGAACCUAUAAGUAAAGAAAGACUACAAACAAUGGAAGUGGAAAUGGAAAAUGAACAACAAGAAUUAUUACAUCAAAAAGGACGGCUUGAUCGCGUUGGUAGGAACAUUUCUGAACAAAUGACUAAAGAUGCGCAAGAACUUCUUCAAGUUUUUGGCAUUCCUUAUAUUGUCGCGCCAAUGGAAGCGGAGGCGCAAUGCGCAUUUUUGGAGGACGCCAAAUUGACUGAUGGCACGAUUACCGACGACAGUGAUAUUUGGCUAUUUGGAGGAAAGACUGUAUACAAGAACUUUUUUAAUCAAAAGAAACAUGUCCUUCAAUUUUUGAGUGAAAGGAUUGAGAGAUCAUAUAAUCUAAGUAGGGAGCAACUGAUCCUGCUAGCCCUAUUAGUUGGAAGCGAUUAUACAACUGGUGUUAACGGAAUUGGACCAGUAACUGCAAUGGAAAUACUUGCAUCAUUUCCUUUUAAUAAGAAAAAACUUAGUGAGAUGUCAAACCAAGCGCAGUACCAGCAAAUUUUGACUGGUCUUCAAGAGUUUAAGCGAUGGGUUAGAGCAGGGAAGAGAACAGAUAAUAUUGCGCUUAAGAAAAAAUUAAAAAAUGUAUCGCUCACUGAUGAGUUUCCUAGUAUUAGGGUAGUACAAGCCUAUCUAGAUCCAAAUGUUGAAAAGAGUAAAGAAAAGUUCACAUGGGGCAACAUAGACAUAACAAUUUUGCGAGAUUACACAAAAGAUAAAUUUGGUUGGUCCCAAAAUAAAGUAGAUGAAAUAAUAAAGCCGGUUUUAAAAAGGUUGCUUGAUAGAAAAAAUCAAAAAACUGUGCAUGACUAUUUUAAACGGAAAAUCGUGUGCGAAUCUCUAGACGAGCAAAUGAGCAAACGAGUUAAGGCAGCUGUAAAAAAAAUGGAUCCUAACUCACAAAAUGAUCUGGAAGAUGUCACUAAUGAGAAGGAUAAAAAAGUAAAAACCACUCGCAAAAGAAAGGCUCAAAAUGAUGAGCUCAAAAAUAUUAAUGGAAUCGUCAAAGUAGCAAAGUCCGACGAAAAACCGGAGUUUAACUUUAUCAUACCAAAAACCGACGCUUGCCAUGAAUUAAUUCCACAAAAAGAAAAAGCUAAACAGAGUCUAUUAGAGAAUAAAAUGAAAGCCAUAGAAAUAUUCAGAAAGACGAAAAUUGACAGAAAACGAAGGUAUACAAAAAAGAAGCCUGUGAUGCCAAAGGCUAAAGCCGAGCUUUCCGAUAGCAGUGACAGUAACUAGAAGGCUUGGUGCUUUGAGUGGCUCACAUUGUACCGUUCCCAAUUAAUUUGGAUCUGAGAACACAAGCUACUUCAUACCUGCGAGAAAAUGAAGUGGAAAGAAAGUAGGAAACUAACUUAGAGGAACAUAAAUAAUGAAAUAAUCAAACUUACCAUUUAAAAUAAAAAUUAACAACAAUGGAUGAUAUUUUGGAAAUUAAGAUAUGUUCAACCCUUAAAAAAUCAUUUUACAUUUUCAAAAUAUAAAAACGUUUGAUAAUUUAUGACAUUGAAAUAAAUUACAGUUUUAAAAUAACCAAUUUAUUGUUUAUACAUCUUCAAUAGUUACAAUAUGAAGCAUUCUCGAACUAUUUACCUUAAAAUAUACACACAUAGGUUAACUAAAGAUAAAAAAAUUAAUAUAUCACUAUAAAUAUAAUGAAACUACUCAACUAAAUGCAAUUGCCUAGACAAUGUACUUAAGAACUUUUAUAGGCAACAAAGGUUUUGCUAGAUUCUAAUGAAGUCUAACAUUGAACAAUUGUCUAGGUUGAAAAUUAAAAUACAUUAUUUUAACACCAAAUAUCGUUUCUUAAGUACUAUCUAUAAUCUAGUAGGUAUCUAUGAAAAACGUGGCGUUGUGCAAACUUUCACAGAUUUUAAAAUAUUUACAUUCGAAAUUUCUUAAUGUCGAAAUAAGUUAUACCUCAACCAAUUUUCUUUUUAAUCUGGAGCUAAAGUUGUCUAUGGCCUCGGCCAACUUGAAUCAUUAGGAAUUGUCAAAGUACAAGCUGUUCACAUUAGUUGUGUAGUGUUAAUACAUAUAGAGGAUAAGAAAUCUAUUAGAAAAUAAUGACUCAAGGUAAAAUAUACUAUAAGGUCGCAUCAACAUGGAGAUUUUAUCACCACUUUUGAGCUGCUUUCACUAAAACAGAAUAGACAAAGUAUGUCAUGUCUCCGGAUUUUCAGGUUUGUCAAUUAUAGAUAUAUUAACUACACACUUAAUUUUGCAAAAACAUUGACAAUGACAAUUGACAACAGACCAAAGCACAAUUCAUAUCAAUCCUGCUUUGUAAUUCAGGUAUUAGUGAAAACAGCUGAUCUUUUACUGUAAAAAGUUAGAAAAAGUGUAAAACUAAUUUACAUAUAAUUUUAAAAACAAAAGCAAUGACCUUGUACACCGAAUAUAAAUAUCUUUUUUACUAAAGUUGCUAU